AUGGCGAAGCAGAUUUCAAAAGAGAUUGAAGAAGAAAAGAAGAGGCGUGAAGCGGAAAUAAGUGUGAACGCAACCACAUCAGAUUCGGAGAGCAAAGGCAAUAGUGGGGGAGAUGUAGAGAGCGAUGAAGUGGAAAGCAAGAACAAAUAUAGGGCUAGCAGAUCAUGUGGGACAAAGAAAGACGGGAAAUGGCGAGCGAGGCGGAUUUCAAAAGAGAUUAAAGAAGAAAAGAAGAGGCGUGAAGCGGAAAUUAGUGUGAACGCAACCACAUCAGAUUCAGAGAGGGAAGGCAAUAGUGGGGGAGAUGUAGAGAGCGAUGAAGUAGAAAGCAAGAACGAAGAUAGCAGCGAAAGUGAAGAGGAGGCUGAGGAGCAAAAGGUGCCAUCCCUCAGGAUGCUAGUGCGCCACCCAUCUACUGAAAACCAAUUUGAGGGCUGUCAGAUCACGCGGGACAAAGAAAGACGGGAAAUGGCGAAGCGGAUUUCAAAAGAGAUUGAAGAAGAAAAGAAGAGGGGUGAAGUGGAAAUUAGUGUGAACGCAACCACAUCAGAUUCAGAGAGCAAAGGCAAUAGUGGGGGAGAUGUAGAGAGCGAUGAAGUGGAAAGCAAGAACGAAGAUAGCAGCGAAAGAGAAGAGGAGGCUGAGGAGCAAAAGGUGCCAUCCCUCAGAAUGCUAAGUAGGGCUAGCAGAUCAGGCGGGACAAACAAAGUAUGGGAAGAUAUGGUAUUUAAGAGAGAACACGUAGGGGCGCAGAAGGUUGGAGUGGCCUCAAAAGGGGGAGAAGGUGGUGUAGUUAGAUAA